AUGUACUCCGGCAUUAGGCCUCGGCAGGACGAUGGGGAGGGGGCUACUAGAAGGCACGACGAUGGCGGGAAGGGGGUAGCGAGAAGGCUGGUGGGGAAAUGGAUGGCCCAGUUGCCGGAGGAGCAGCGGUCGAAGCUCUUCAGCGGCAUGGCUGGCGCUGGCGCAGGAGCCGUAGCGGCCACGUCUGUAGCGCCACUUGACGUGGUCAAAACACGCCUGCAAGUGAUGAUGGGCGCUUCCCAAGCACCCCUGUCCUCUCCCCUGACCAUUCACCCUUUCACCCACCCUUCUUCAGGAGCUGUAGCAGCCACGUUUGUAGCGCCGCUAGACGUGGUCAAAACCCGCCUGCAAGUGAUGAUGGGCGCUUCCCAAGCACCCCUGUCCUCUCCCCUGACCAUUCACCCUUUCACCCACCCUUCUUCAGGAGCUGUAGCAGCCACGUUUGUAGCGCCGCUAGACGUGGUCAAAACCCGCCUGCAAGUGAUGAUGGGCGCUUCCCAAGCACCCCUGUCCUCUCCCCUGACCAUUCACCCUUUCACCCACCCUUCUUCAGGAGCUGUAGCAGCCACGUUUGUAGCGCCGCUAGACGUGGUCAAAACCCGCCUGCAAGUGAUGAUGGGCGCUUCCCAAGCACCCCUGUCCUCUCCCCUGACCAUUCACCCUUUCACCCACCCUUCUUCAGGAGCUGUAGCAGCCACGUUUGUAGCGCCGCUAGACGUGGUCAAAACCCGCCUGCAAGUGAUGAUGGGCGCUUCCCAAGCACCCCUGUCCUCUCCCCUGACCAUUCACCCUUUCACCCACCCUUCUUCAGGAGCUGUAGCAGCCACGUUUGUAGCGCCGCUAGACGUGGUCAAAACCCGCCUGCAAGUGAUGAUGGGCGCUUCCCAAGCACCCCUGUCCUCUCCCCUGACCAUUCACCCUUUUACCCACCCUUCUUCAGGAGCUGUAGCAGCCACGUUUGUAGCGCCGCUAGACGUGGUCAAAACCCGCCUGCAAGUGAUGAUGGGCGCUUCCCAAGCACCCCUGUCCUCUCCCCUGACCAUUCACCCUUUCACCCACCCUUCUUCAGGAGCUGUAGCAGCCACGUUUGUAGCGCCGCUAGACGUGGUCAAAACCCGCCUGCAAGUGAUGAUGGGCGCUUCCCAAGCACCCCUGUCCUCUCCCCUGACCAUUCACCCUUUCACCCACCCUUCUUCAGGAGCUGUAGCAGCCACGUUUGUAGCGCCGCUAGACGUGGUCAAAACCCGCCUGCAAGUGAUGAUGGGCGCUUCCCAAGCACCCCUGUCCUCUCCCCUGACCAUUCACCCUUUCACCCACCCUUCUUCAGGAGCUGUAGCAGCCACGUUUGUAGCGCCGCUAGACGUGGUCAAAACACGCCUGCAAGCGAUGAUGGGCGCUUCCCAAGCACCCCUGUCCUCUCCCCUGACCAUUCACCCUUUCACCCACCCUUCUUCAGGAGCUGUAGCAGCCACGUUUGUAGCGCCGCUAGACGUGGUCAAAACCCGCCUGCAAGUGAUGAUGGGCGCUUCCCAAGCACCCCUGUCCUCUCCCCUGACCAUUCACCCUUUCACCCACCCUUCUUCAGGAGCUGUAGCAGCCACGUUUGUAGCGCCGCUAGACGUGGUCAAAACCCGCCUGCAAGUGAUGAUGGGCGCUUCCCAAGCACCCCUGUCCUCUCCCCUGACCAUUCACCCUUUCACCCACCCUUCUUCAGGAGCUGUAGCAGCCACGUUUGUAGCGCCGCUAGACGUGGUCAAAACCCGCCUGCAAGUGAUGAUGGGCGCUUCCCAAGCACCCCUGUCCUCUCCCCUGACCAUUCACCCUUUCACCCACCCUUCUUCAGGAGCUGUAGCAGCCACGUUUGUAGCGCCGCUAGACGUGGUCAAAACCCGCCUGCAAGUGAUGAUGGGCGCUUCCCAAGCACCCCUGUCCUCUCCCCUGACCAUUCACCCUUUCACCCACCCUUCUUCAGGAGCUGUAGCAGCCACGUUUGUAGCGCCGCUAGACGUGGUCAAAACCCGCCUGCAAGUGAUGAUGGGCGCUUCCCAAGCACCCCUGUCCUCUCCCCUGACCAUUCACCCUUUCACCCACCCUUCUUCAGGAGCUGUAGCAGCCACGUUUGUAGCGCCGCUAGACGUGGUCAAAACACGCCUGCAAGCGAUGAUGGGCGCUUCCCAAGCACCCCUGUCCUCUCCCCUGACCAUUCACCCUUUCACCCACCCUUCUUCAGGAGCUGUAGCAGCCACGUUUGUAGCGCCGCUAGACGUGGUCAAAACCCGCCUGCAAGUGAUGAUGGGCGCUUCCCAAGCACCCCUGUCCUCUCCCCUGACCAUUCACCCUUUCACCCACCCUUCUUCAGGAGCUGUAGCAGCCACGUUUGUAGCGCCGCUAGACGUGGUCAAAACCCGCCUGCAAGUGAUGAUGGGCGCUUCCCAAGCACCCCUGUCCUCUCCCCUGACCAUUCACCCUUUCACCCACCCUUCUUCAGGAGCUGUAGCAGCCACGUUUGUAGCGCCGCUAGACGUGGUCAAAACACGCCUGCAAGCGAUGAUGGGCGCUUCCCAAGCACCCCUGUCCUCUCCCCUGACCAUUCACCCUUUCACCCACCCUUCUUCAGGAGCUGUAGCAGCCACGUUUGUAGCGCCGCUAGACGUGGUCAAAACCCGCCUGCAAGUGAUGAUGGGCGCUUCCCAAGCACCCCUGUCCUCUCCCCUGACCAUUCACCCUUUCACCCACCCUUCUUCAGGAGCUGUAGCAGCCACGUUUGUAGCGCCGCUAGACGUGGUCAAAACCCGCCUGCAAGUGAUGAUGGGCGCUUCCCAAGCACCCCUGUCCUCUCCCCUGACCAUUCACCCUUUCACCCACCCUUCUUCAGGAGCUGUAGCAGCCACGUUUGUAGCGCCGCUAGACGUGGUCAAAACCCGCCUGCAAGCGAUGAUGGGUGCUUCCCAAGCACCCCUGUCCUCUCCCCUGACCAUUCACCCUUUCACCCACCCUUCUUCAGGAGCUGUAGCAGCCACGUUUGUAGCGCCGCUAGACGUGGUCAAAACCCGCCUGCAAGUGAUGAUGGGCGCUUCCCAAGCACCCCUGUCCUCUCCCCUGACCAUUCACCCUUUCACCCACCCUUCUUCAGGAGCUGUAGCAGCCACGUUUGUAGCGCCGCUAGACGUGGUCAAAACCCGCCUGCAAGUGAUGAUGGGCGCUUCCCAAGCACCCCUGUCCUCUCCCCUGACCAUUCACCCUUUCACCCACCCUUCUUCAGGAGCUGUAGCAGCCACGUUUGUAGCGCCGCUAGACGUGGUCAAAACCCGCCUGCAAGUGAUGAUGGGCGCUUCCCAAGCACCCCUGUCCUCUCCCCUGACCAUUCACCCUUUCACCCACCCUUCUUCAGGAGCUGUAGCAGCCACGUUUGUAGCGCCGCUAGACGUGGUCAAAACCCGCCUGCAAGUGAUGAUGGGCGCUUCCCAAGCACCCCUGUCCUCUCCCCUGACCAUUCACCCUUUCACCCACCCUUCUUCAGGAGCUGUAGCAGCCACGUUUGUAGCGCCGCUAGACGUGGUCAAAACCCGCCUGCAAGUGAUGAUGGGCGCUUCCCAAGCACCCCUGUCCUCUCCCCUGACCAUUCACCCUUUCACCCACCCUUCUUCAGGAGCUGUAGCAGCCACGUUUGUAGCGCCGCUAGAUGUGGUCAAAACCCGCCUGCAAGUGAUGAUGGGCGCUUCCCAAGCACCCCUGUCCUCUCCCCUGACCAUUCACCCUUUCACCCACCCUUCUUCAGGAGCUGUAGCAGCCACGUUUGUAGCGCCGCUAGACGUGGUCAAAACCCGCCUGCAAGUGAUGAUGGGCGCUUCCCAAGCACCCCUGUCCUCUCCCCUGACCAUUCACCCUUUUACCCACCCUUCUUCAGGAGCUGUAGCAGCCACGUUUGUAGCGCCGCUAGACAUGGCCAAAACCCGCCUGCAAGUGAUGGGCGCGCCACAAGCUUCCCCAUCUUCUCCCUUUCCCCCUCUCCCCUUUUCCCCUCUUCUCCCUUUCCCCCUCUCCCCUUUCCCUUUUUCAGGAGCUGUAGCGGCCACGUUUGUAGCGCCGCUAGACGUGACGAUUUGGCGCACGGAGGGGCUUAGAGGGCUCUACAGGGGACUCUCCCCCACCAUGGUGGCUCUGCUGCCAAACUGGGCGGUGUAUUUCUCAGUUUACGACCACUUAAAGCGGAUAUUAAGCGAGCCAAGCCAUCCAGGCGCAGUCCCCAGCAGUCACGAGGAAAAAACAGCGCAGGGAUCAGAGCAGCACGAACAGCAGGAGGAAGGGCAGGAGGGGCAGGCGCGGCCACAGCAGCAGCAGCAGCAGCAGCAGCUGUCGCUGGGGCGGAGUGUGCUGGCAGCAGCAGGAGCAGGCGCGGCCACUGUCCUCGCCACCAACCCCCUGUGGGUCGUCAAGACGAGACUGCAGACUCAAGCCAUGCGGACCAACAGGCGGCCCUACAGGGGAACGUUUUCCGCCCUUGUGCGGAUUACCAGAGAGGAGGGGCUCGGAGGGCUGUACAGUGGGGUGGUGCCGGCACUAGCAGGCAUAAGCCACGUGGCCAUCCAGUUCCCCAUGUAUGAGUAUAUCAAGCAGCAGAUGGCGUGUAGAGAAGGAUCAACCACAGACACGCUCACGGCCCCGCAGCUAGCAGCAGCCUCCGCCAUUUCCAAAGUCUUUGCCUCGACUCUCACGUAUCCACAUGAGGUUGUGAGGGCACGACUUCAGGAGCAAGGGAAGGACCUCGGGAAUGCACACCGCUACACUGGUGUGGGAGACUGUAUAACGCGGAUAUUCAAGGAGGAGGGCAUUCGGGGGUUCUAUCGAGGGUGUGUGACGAACCUCUUUAGAACCACACCCGCUGCAGUCAUCACCUUCACUUCAUUUGAGCUCCUCAUUCGAACCCUACCCACCAUCUUCCCUCCUGCAACCCCAACUGAUGAUGAUUGUGAUGACUUAUGA